UUAACUUGACGCUUUACCGCUACCUGUCAAACAGUCAUCGCUCACUCAGUGUCGGACUGAAAUGCAGCAGGAACAGACUGAGUCUCCCGGCUGGACGUGAACGGCUGCUCCAUGGAGUUUACCCCGGGAUAUUUACCUGAUAACUCCCGGUUAUAAGAUGGCGGUUUUUAAAACAUGACCUUUCUUUAGAGGACUGAACACCGGCACUGAAAACCUCUCUCUCUGUCCCAGGGGAUUUCUCUUCUUCUUCGCCUCUCGUCUCGCAGAAUGGGAGCUGGAUGAACUGACACUGGAACGUGGACGCAGCCUGAUCUACCAGGGACAACUGGAGCCUGCUGUUACCUUUUCAGCUCCGUGGCGUCUGCCGUAGAAAACGACACUACUGUUUGGCUCGUUGUAGUGCUGGUAACAAGCAGUCCGGGCUGCUUACAAUAACUUGCAGUGGAGACGAGUUGCAAGAACCGGGUCACCUCUUUAUUUCAGGACACUGUCAGAACAUACAUUCAUCUCAACUUCUCCUACUCUCUCUGGCUCUUCUUCUACUGUUUCUUUCCUACCCGUCUACUCCACUACCCAUAAUCCAUCACACUCUCAGGCGCAUGCUCAGUCCGGCAACACUGCAGUAGCCGGAUAUAGUGCACUCAGACCCGGCAUGACCUACAUACCGCAGAGCUUAACGGACGGUCUUCAGGACAUCUCUGCUGCAUGGAGGCAGGAGCCCACGUCCUGUUCAACCUUGUAACACAGUAAUAAGUGACCUUCAGGUUUAUGUGCUGCUGUAGUACUAUGCAGAAGAAGAGGACACGUGAAUGUGCACAGGGCUGAGGAAGAGGAGGAAGAGGAGGGAGGACCUGUGGGAAAGAAAGGGAGCAGGAUCAUCAGCAGCAUCGCGUGCAGGGGGGUUCUGACCUUUUGUGACGCAAGAGGAAACUAAAAGGAAAAAUUAAUCAAGCAGUGGAUUUAUGACACUGGAGACUAUACACCUUCUCCAGUAUGCUAACAGAUAACAGACCUGUUCUGCUGGAUCAGCUCAAAAGGCCUGCAUGAGCUGGAUCAAAUGUCCACAGGAGAGCAGAGCUGGAAGUCUGAGCCACCGAUGGAUGCCUUACCUACUCACGAACAAGAGAGCUAUAAUAUACUGACAUAAUCUAAACAGGAGAGCAAUAAAACUUUGCCUGAACAGACUAUUUGGUCGUCAUUAUGCAUCUGAACUGCGGUCAGCCAUUACCUCUCCUGAGGCACACCGACGUGCCGCCUCGAGUCAUAGAGAACUUCAUCCUGACCGGGUAUCGCUUCCCAAACUAUAGCCUGAAGGAUUGCUUACUGUCCGCGUUCAGGCCCACCAAUGAAACAGGAAACUUCUGGACUCACUUCCUCCCAGUGUUCGUCUUUUCGUACUAUUUCGUGGAGGUGUUCAGUUGGGAGGGUGCCCCACAUGGCGAUGCCCCCUUCUUCUAUCCCUUCUGGAACUACUUCAUCGGGGUGUUCUGUCUGCUCAUGGCGAGCAGCAUGGCCCACCUGCUCAACUCCAUGUCUCUGGUGGUGAGGGAAGUCUGCUUCUUUGUGGAUUACGGCACCAUCAGUGCAUACACUGUUGGCUCGUCACUGGCGUACUACUAUUACAUCCACCCUCAGGCGGGGAUAGUGGACAAAGGAAGCCACAAUGGGUCUCACACGGACCUGAAACAUGAACCUGCAGAGGCUCUUACAUCACCCUAUGCAAUCCCAGAGUUCACUGUGUUCUUUGAGAACUUCUACAUCCCCAGUGCAUGUAUGGUGGCCAUCAUCUGCGUAUUGUCUUGUUGCAACACUCGCCAGAAAUGGAGGAAGCAUCGAUACCUCAUCCGAACCCUGGUUUUCCUGCUCCCGUUCCUCGUCUCCUCCACACCAGUCUUCUACCGCCUCCUCACCAGGUCGCCUUACUCCUCCGCCUCCUCCUCCUUCGCGGCUUCCAACUCCACGGCCACCUUCUUCAUUCGCCACUGCUUCUGGCUGGUGGUCUCUGCUGUCUUUAACAUCAGCAAGUUCCCCGAGCGGCUCGCCCCGGGUCGCUUCGACAUCUGGGGGCAUAGCCACCAGUGGUUCCACUGUUGUACGUUUCUGUCCAUCCUGGACGAACUCCACAUGAUCAAGGCGGAGGUAAAGGCAAUCCUGCUGAGUCCGAAUCUGCUGCUGCCCCCCGCGACCCUCGCGCGCCUGCCUGGACCUACCGUCCUCUCAACGUACGGGGUGAUGUUCCUCCUCCAGACCACCAUCAUCUCCAUCAUAAUGUGGUUCUCCUGGCAGGCCAACUCCAUCUACGGACCACAGAGAGACCAGCUCGCAGAGGAACACCCCAAGAAGCUCCUGAAAUGUCACUAAUGAUAGAGACUUGAGUUUUUAUCGUCCAGACUAUGAAACCAGUUUGCACGUUUAUACAGAGCCAUGCCACCAGAAGAAACGCACACAGACCCUCCCCCCCCCCCUGCUGAUGUUACACCUGUUAUCUGUUUUAAACCCUUUGAGAGCAUUGUGCACGCUUUCAUCGGGAGAAAUUUGGGACAAAGGGAGAUGAGAGGAUUAUAUUCUGAGCUUACCACAGGGUGGCUGUCUGGUUGUGUGAAUAUUUGGAAAAUUCACAAGCCCUGUCCCCGAGCGGCUCCAGCAUGUUCAGACAGGAUGUCAGGUGAUCAAACUACCUCUAAGGAUGGUUCACUCCAGGACAGAGGAAAGGUGUUGGUACCCAGGAGAACACAUAUUCCAUUUAACACAUGGGUAAUGUGGCUUGAUAUGUCAGCCUGACCACACGUGUUCUCUGCUGUCACGCUUCCUCCCGUUUCUUUGACCUCAGACUGGGUCUUUCUCUGCUGUGGGUAAAUUGAAUUUCUACGGAAGGUGAAAAGGGCCAAAUGAAGAAGAAAAAAAAAAGAUGAGGUCGGAACUUUAAAUAUAAACUAAGAAUUUAAACUUGUGUACUUGAUUUUUCUAAUGUAAAGACUACAAAAAGUAAGAAUUUAAAAUUUGCUUGCAGAAGAAAAAGAAAAAUUUGAAGAUAAAAAAAUUGUCUGGAAAGAAGAAAAAAUUACAUAAAAGGAAGACAGACUUUUAUGACAUUUUAAAUUUAAAAGUGAAGUAAAUUCAAAUUAUGACAUUUUAAACAGAGAUGAGGUAAAGUGUUUUUCAAUUCAAAAGAUAAAAAUAUUUUAAGUGACCUUAUUUGCAAAUUAAGGCAGAAAAAUGCGGUGUAAAAAAAACCUACGAGGAAAAGUAAGAGCUGUCCUAAAAAAAGAUUUAAGCAGAAAAAUCAAUUAAAUGUUUGUGUAAAGUAAUGCACUGUAUCUGCCUCAAUUGGAAGAAUAUUUGACAUUUUGUUUAAUGAAAACAUAGUAAAGUAGGAAAUAUGGGAAAUUAUUUUAAGAUUUCUAUCUUUAAAGGGAAACUUUUUAAAAAUGAAUUUAAUAGCAUGCAGAGUAUUUUUAUGUUAUUGCUCUAGUAAAAGAAUGAUUGAUCUGAUUUUGAACUCAUCUCUGAAAUGAUUUUUUCCUCAGUUGGCCCUGUUCGUUUUCCGUAGAGCUCAUCGCUUGACGUCUCCUGAAUCCUCUUUCUGACCUUUGUUAACCUCACAUGCUUUCACACUCUCAUUUCCUCUUUUCCUCCAUGUGACCCAUGUAACAGGAAGUGUGGUGGCCUUGACGAAGCUGCAGAAAUAUUUGAGAGCUCGUAUCAGUAAAGCACUUUCAGAAGGGGCCGGUCAAAAAGCUCCGUCACUGAGAAGCCAUGCUUGAGUCUUAGACAUUUCCGAAGCAUGUAACGACGUCCUGCUGACAGGUUCAGCUGGGACAUUUAAUGUGAAGUGAGUCGUAGUGCUGUAAAAACAUCUGCUGUAUGUACGGUUUCCAUUACGCUGAUGACCAGCUCCUCACAGGUUGUGUUCACAGUGCUUUAAAUGCUGAUUCAGGUUCAAUGAGGCGUAAAUCUAAAAGCUGGCUGGACUGUUCUGCAGAGGUGGUUUACACUCUGUACGAAUAUCGCCUACAUCCAAUCAGUCAUUCCAGAAAACAGCUGAGUUUCAGUUUAGAGAGCAGCAUUGUGAACAUUAAGACAGGAGGACGGGCUGCUUUCUGUAUUAAUCGAUGUUCAGUAAUCUUAGAGAAGAAGCCAUAGUGUGGUAGAGCGGUAGUUCAAUUUUGGCAAUAUUUCCGUCUUUCUACAUCUUCAGGACCUUCAUGGAUAGAUUUGCACUAACAGGUAGAUCAGGUGAGAACUAAAUGUUGUCUUUUGUUGCUUUCGUGUUUUAUCAUUACAUCGGUGUUACAAAGUUUACCGUCCAGGGUGAAGCCAGCAGUUUUCAAAGGUAUUCUCAUAAACCUCAGUUUUUUUCAUAUUGUACUGAAGACAAGGUGCGCCACACACACAAAAAAGAUGGUUUUAAAACAUUUUUAUUCUGCAUUUUAAGUAGUUAGUUGGAAUGCCACAAUAUCUGGUAUUUGUAACUGUCCACCCACCUGGGAAAUGAUUUAAAAGGAUAUCAUUGAAUGGAAUUUUUGAAUUUUUCGUCAAAGAAUUAUUUGGGAAAAUAUCUGUCUGAAGCAAUGAGAAAAAAAGAGAGAAAAACUUUCAAUAAUUUUUUUAAAAGUCGCAUCAUAUUUUUCUGAUCCAGAUCAAAAUGAUUUGUGUGAAAAAUUAUUAUGGCCACAUCCGGAGAAAAAAAAAAGGCAGGAAGAAUAUUUCACUUUGCAUUUUGAGUCUGAUUCAGUUUUACUCGCACCGUUAUUUCAGAUUUUUCUAAAGUCACACAAAAGUGACUAAUAGAUGGUCUCAAGUUGUCGAGCUAUAAUGGUCUGAAAAUGUUUUUUUAUGCAGAAUAGUUUUUUUAUCUUGUUGGACAAAAAAUUAUUAAUGUAAAAACAGUGAAAUAUCGUUCAUGGACGUCUGCGUCUGCGUACAGCAAAGUUCAACAUGAUUUGAAGAGGUUAUUUCUGUGCAGUAGGGAUCAUAUCUUACCUUGAAAUAUGUCAGAAAUAUGUCUCAAUAUGUUUGUUUUCAUGCAAUUCUGCCGCACAAACUCAAACCCUGCCGUCACAGUUUUGAUGGAAAAAGUUUCGGACGAAUGCCAAGUUUGGGUUUGGGUUGUUUUAAAUCCAGUUUGUUCAGAAACUCCAUAAUUUUUAUGACCUCCCUGAAACCGUCUUCACUUUUUGUUUUUACCUUUUGCUGAAAAACAUUUCACCAACGUAAGAAUCCCUUUAGAUUUCCCUCCAAACGUUUGUUUGUUUCGUGUUUCUGGUGCUUCAGACUGGAACAGAGAAGAUCUGGUUAGCCUGUAAAGCAAACAGUCGGCUGACUGAUAAAUUAAAGCAAAAUAUAAAAACUUGUAGUCACUUUUUGCACGCUUACCUUUUUUUUUUCUUAAUAUAUCUCAACGGAGAGAUGUUAGCAGUACUGUACACAUCAUUUGACAGAGCGUUGUUUCGCUAGCUGCCAGGAUUAAGCGUAUUCAUUUCUGCUGAGUCACUCUUAGCCGCAGCCUCAGUACUGCUCGCCAAACUGUGCUACUUUAGAUAAUGGUGAAGCAAAUAGAGAAGUUUAGAUUUGAUGCUACGUUUGAUUUUUGAUUUUUUGCACACUGAAAUGGACCAUAAAUGUUAAAGCUUGCUAACAUGUGUUUUCUUUGUGUGUUUCGUGUAACUCUGUCACGUGUUGGUGAUUUCUGUCGUGUGGAGGGAGAUGCAUCUUCUUACGUGUCGAUAACCACUGUGUGAUUAUAGUAAUGUCAUGAUUACCACUGUAUUACUUAUAUCUGCACAUGUAUUGAUGCAUUCACUUGCACAAGAGUAAAUGAUCGGAGAUGUAAGCUAAUGUGUGAUGCUGGAGUGAGUACAUGAGGACCGCAUUGAGAGGGUCGGAUGUGAUCAUGCUGUGCACUUUAGAGCUAAAUGUUCCUUUAAGGGUCGACCCUGCAGUACUGUAUUAUUCAGGUUCACAUCAGACCAUGUGUUCAAUGUUAAAUGUCAAAGGGAUGUUUCUACCUCUGCGGAGCAUUUCUGUCACGGAGAAGAGUCCUCGUGGAAAUGGAUCUUUUGACCGUGGAUGUUCAAACAGUGUUCAGAGUGUGAAUGUUAAACUGACUGUAUAACCUAGAGGAGCACUCAGGGCUGACUGAAGAACGACACUUAUAUAUUAUUUACACAUAUUUAAAUUAUUAAUGAGUAGAGAUGGGGGAUAAUUAUAUUCUGUGUCUGUUAAUGCUGAAAACCUCCAUUAUUUUAAUUGAUGUAAAAUAGCACUAAUGAAUUAUUUGAGAUUUAUUGAAUAAAUUAAACAGAGAAAUAUGA